AUGAUCCACGCUGCACUUCUCUGCUCUUUUUUGACAGCUGGCCUUGCGGCUCCAUCUUUUCUUCGGACUCUCAACCAAAAACUGGACUGCAACCAACCGGGUCUUAAUAACUGCAAAAUGAAUAACUGCUCAGUCCAACAUGAGGUGGUACCCAGACAGCUGGCCCCCACCAAGCCUGAGUGGGGUCCAGACAUUUUGGAGCUGGGUCUGGACGAGCAUGGGCCUGUUCCAGUUCUGAACGUGACAUGGAGGAUACGGUCAGAUGCAAGUAUGUUAGCACUCCAGGGGUCCCAGGUGCAGAUUGUGGACCAGGACACCAAGCAAAGUCUGUGUGUGCGCUUCACUUACAGCAUCCACCAGCAGCUCACUCCGAGCUUCAGCAAGUGGACAUUCUGGUUGGAUGGCGUGGUGUUGGAUGCGGGCCACUCCUAUCUGCUGUCAGCUUUUAACUUGCCACAACCCCACGUUGGAGAGUACAGGAUCACAAAGCACUUCACCGUCCCAGGAUGUGACGACAAGAGAAUCCAAAAGGCCCAGAUGUGUUUGGAAAAUGGCAGCAUGUGGCACCCUGCGCUCACCGCUGCUGUGUCGCUGCCGGCCGUUGUGGUGGGAUUUGAAGCCGACAAGUAUUGUGACCUCUACCAAGUCUCCAUUGAGAGCGAGAGCGUCCAUUUAACCAAGAAUGUUUCCAAGGCCAACAACACUUCUCUGAAUGUGACGUUUGCUUUGGAUGUGUCGCAGCUCUUAAAGUGCCAGUUGACGAUAACGAUAACACCAUUUUUCAUAAGAUGCCAGAAGGAGUCUUGCCGUCCGGAGCAAAGGAUCAUCAAUCACUGCUUGUGUAAGUACUAUUCUCCACGGCGGACUGUCAUGAUUAAAAGCACACUCGUGUUGGUCAUUGUUGGCGUUUGCUUUGCCUGCCUGCUGUGGAAAGUCUCUUCCAAAGAUCCUGUCACCGCGUCGUCUUCUGCGGCGGAUGAACAUCCAGAAAGCUUUCAGGUGCCGGGAAGACGACAAGUACUCAUCAUCUACUCCCUCGACCACCCUCUGUACAAAAACAUCGUCCUAAAGCUUUGCGCUUUCCUCACGGCCAAAUGCGGCAUCCAGGUGGUCCUGGAUCAGCUGGACUCCACCAGACUGGGAAUACUGGGCCGUGUUCAGUGGCUGGACUGGCAGAGGGAACAAAUGGAACGCUCCUCGGCCAAGAUCCUCGUCCUGUGCUCGGCAGGAGUCCAAGCUAAAUGGAGAGCCAUGUGUGGGGAGAAGCCGGUGCUCCUGAAGUCCGACCAGCGCUCACCCUCGGGUGACAUGCUCACUCCAGCUCUCAGCCUCAUCGUUCCCCGUCUGGUACGCAGUGCUUCCCUGGAGAAGUACAUCGUAGCGUACUUCGAAGACAUUUCCUCUCCUGAGGACGUUCCCUCGCCUUUCAACGUCACGGUUCGAUACAAGCUUAUGAAGCAAUUCGAGGAGCUCUUCUUCCGAAUCCUGGACGCUGAGAAGCACGGCCCGGGUCGAGUUCGUCACAUUCAAGGUCUGUCGGAGGAAGAGUAUCACCGUUGCCCCUUAGGUGGAGCUCUGCAGGAAGCUAUUGAAGCUUUCAGGGAAUACCAGGUGGAUCACCCACACUGGUUUGAAGAAGAAUGGGUGGAUGACUGAGGAGAAACCACUCCUGUCAAUUCAGUGUAGCAUGCAUUGUUUUACAAACAGAUCUCAUUGUGUAAGAGAAAAUACAUGCAUUAGAUCAGUGGUUCUCAAACUGUUCUCUCCAAAUGACCGACAUUAAAAGGCAAUAGCGUAAAUAUUCAUUAAAAACAAGGCAGAGGUUUUAUUUAACAAGUGUAAUAUGUUUGGCCACUGCAACAUUAUACACAGUUUGAACAGUAACACUGUGUUGGAAUAUAGGGAAGUAAAACACUGACUCUUUGUGGUACGACUAGG